AUGGCAGGGCUGCUUAACAAAUUGACUGCUUCGGGGGGGACUGAAUCUGCUGAUUUCCUGAACGACAUCGUGGAGCAGUUAUGGCCUAACAUCAAUGUUGCUGGCUGUAGGAUGGUGAAAGACAUAGUGGAGCCUAUGUUCUCUGCUAUGCUUCCAGGCCCUCUAGCUACACUUCGAUUCGCGAAGCUCGACUUGGGCCCUGUUCCGUUGAGGAUAUCUGAGGUGGAUGUCCACAAGACCGAUCAUAAUGGCAUUAAACUCGACAUGGAUGUCAUCUGGGAGGGGAAAAGUGAUAUCGAUAUAGUUGGGAAUAUGGUUCCUAAGUUUGGAAUUGAACAUAUUCAUCUGAAAGGCAGGCUUUCAAUUUUACUUGCUCCAUUGACAAAUGUCAUUCCUCUGAUCGGAGCUGCUCAAGUGGCCUUCAUAAACCCCCCUGAGCUAAAGCUCGACUUCACCAACGCAGCCAAUAUAGCCGAUUGCUUCCUGGUGGACAAAGCCGUCCGUAAAGUCAUUCUUAACAUAAUAUCAUCCAUGGCUGUCCUUCCCAACCGCUAUCUCGUCAAACUAGACAGUAACAAUGACUACUUCAAGACAUACCUACCGCAUAUCGGUGCUUUGCGCCUGACCAUAGGGAGGGCGGUUAACAUUAAUGGACCAAAGAAAAGCGGGGCAAAGCGAUUCUUAGACAAGAUCAUCAAGGACAUUCCUGAUUGCUACUGCAAGGUCAGGGUUGGUGCUGGAGAAGAGUGGCGCACCUCCACCAAAAAGAACGACCAUAACCCGGAAUGGAAUGAGACACAUGACUUUCUCGUUGCGGAUCACGACCAACAGGUCAUCAUCGACGUACAAGAUGAUGAUCUCGUGGGUGACGACGACGUCGGCAUCGCCACCACCACUGUGAAGGACAUCCUUCUGGGCGGUGGCUCACAAGAGCUGGAUAUUGUCCAUGACGGGGUUCCCACCGACGCCAAGAUCACAGUGCACGCCAAGUUCUUCAAUUUCGUGGACGAUGCUGGUGUGUUAACAUCCACCCACAGCGAUGCGGACGAAGGCCAGGUCGUUGGCCUUGCCACUGUGCUCAUUGCUAGCGCAUUGGGGCUCCAGGGCCAACGCGACGAACUCAAUCCUAGCAUUAAGGUGACGUGGGGUGCCAAGGAGUUCCGAACAGCGGCCAAAUCAUAUAGCCCUGGUACCGACAUAUUUAACCCCUCCUUUGACCAGGCCUUCCAGAUUCCGGUAACUGUGGACCUGCUAGCGAAUCCGUCCAAUUUCAAGAUUGCGCUAUUGAACAAAAAUAAUGAAACCGGCUUUGUCGAAAUACCAUUCUUGGAUGUACUAAAUGCCCCUAGUCUUAUCAAAGAGGAAAGCUUUGAUGUCGGCUCUGGGGCAACGGUGAGGGCAUCUGUCUCGUUGCGCGGCCUACGGUUGGCUCAUUGA